GAGCUGUACAUUCGAUCACCUGCAGCUUGCUUCAACACCACCUUCCAUUUGCCUGGGCAUCUCCGCACUGCAUUGCGCGAUUGCUCAGAUUUGAUCUGCCGGCAGCAUGACGGGCGACUUCAAGCUGUCGGCCACGUUGCGUGGCCACGAGGAAGAUGUCAGAGCAGUCGUCUUCCCGAACGGCCAUCUCCUCUUUUCCGCUUCUCGAGAUAACACCGUCCGGCAAUGGAGCCUCACAUCGCCGAAACCGCCCGCCUUCGACGACACCAUCGCACUGAAGGGCUCACAUUGGUUCAACGGACUGGCAUACGCUCCGCCAUCGCAGCAGCAUCCUAAGGGUGUAGUUGCAGCCGGUGGCCGCGAGACUUUCGUGUUUGUAAAGCAGGUCGGACAGUCGCCAGACGAGGAUGCUCAUCGCAUGCUUAUUGGGCAUGCGGGCAACAUCACCUGUCUCGCGCUCACCGAGGAUGGUAGCAAAGUGGUCAGUGGAGGCUGGGACAGUCAGGUCUUUCUAUGGGACAUCGAGGGCGGCAAUGUAAUUGCAGAGCUGCAAGGUCAUGAUGGGCCAGUGUGGGGUGUUGAGAUAUACGACAGCAAAUUCAUCUUGACGGCAUGUGCGGACAAAAUCAUUCGAGUGUUUGAUUUCAACGGGAAAUUGCACCAGGCGAUCAAAGGGCAUACAGACGUUGUUCGGUGCUUCGCGAAGCUGCCAUCUGACCACUGGUCUGGUGGUGCUGUGGCCUCUGCGGGCAAUGAUGAAGUUAUUCGGAUAUGGACUCUGGAUGGGCAGCCAAUUGGUGAGCUCGAGGGACACACGGCGUAUAUCUACGAUCUGGCCAUUCUACCGAAUGGAGAUCUGGUGAGCUCGUCGGAAGAUCGCACAGUCAAGAUAUGGAGAAACGGACAAUGCAUACAGACCAUUACGCAUCCCGCGAUCAGCAUCUGGACUGUUGCGGCUUGUCCAGAGACCGGCGACAUCGUCAGUGGAGCGAGCGACAACGUCAUUCGAAUCUUCUCUCGCGAUCCAGAACGACAAGCAGAUGCAGAGACUAUCGCGAAGUUCGACGAGACAAACCGCAUGUACGCGAUACCUGCAGAGACUGCGGCCCAAGGCCAGCCGUUUCAAAAGGAGAAUCUACCAAGCCCAGAGGCACUCCAAACACAAGUUGGUCAAAAGGAUGGUCAGCAACUCUUCAUACGAGAACAUGACGGGAGCGUAACUGCUCACUUGUGGGCUUCUUCUACGAGUCAGUGGAACUUGAUUGGGACAGUCGUAGAGGGAGAAGGGACAGGCGCCAAGAAGAAGACGUACAAUGGACAAGAAUACGACUACGUCUUCGACAUCGAUAUCGAGGAUGGCAAGCCUCCUCUCAAGUUACCUUACAAUCUGACAGAGAGCUCUUGGGACGCAGCACGAAAAUUUCUGGAACGAAACGAACUUCCCAUGACAUAUUACGAGCAGGUCGCGAAUUGGAUCUCAGACAACACCAAAGGCGCCAAAUUUGGCCAAGGCUCCGGCGCUUCCAAUCCUCCCCCACAAGCGCGAGAUCCUUGGGGAAGUGACAGUCGAUACCGACCUGGAGAUGCUGGCUCUGCCUCAGUCUCCGGACAGCGAAAGCUGCCGCAACGAUCAUAUGUUGAGAUCAUCGAAGGCAACCCCAUCAACGCUAUCAACAUUAUUGUUCAAAAGUCAGGAGAGUUGGGCGGCGUACAGUCUGACGAGCUUGAAGCGCUGAAGAAGCUCUCUACGCAGCUUCAGAACAAGCAGGAUCCACGACCGACAGACACGCAAACCUCAACACUACUGAAGAUCGCCUCAACAUGGCCGACAAAGAGUAAGGUGCCUGCAGUCGGCGUACUCGCACUACUGGCCGUUUCACCUUCCUUCAUCAGCACGACCUGUAGUGGGGACAAGACAAUCGUCGACACCCUGGCCAGCGCUGGUGUACUUCAGCCUCAUCAAGAAACAGCGAACAAUGCCGUGCAUUCCAUCCGGCUCCUCGCGAACUUGUUCAAAACCGAUGCUGGAUGCCUAAUUGCAGAUGGCACUUUCGACGCUGCUCUCAAACUCGUCCGGUCAUACGCAUCCGAACCAGAAUCGCCUGCUCAAGUCAGGGCCCUUGCCACGCUGUACCUGAACUACGCGGUACUGUUGACAAGCCAAGCCCCGGCUAACGAAGCUUCACGGCGAGAGGCUCGCGCCAAAGCUCUCCUCCUCGACAUCGCUGGGAUAUUAGAGAGCGACAGUCCUCAUGUAUCCGAUGCUGAUAGCUUCUAUCGCGCCCUUGCUGCGCUCGGAACAUUACUCACGCUUGGAUCCGAUUUCAGGGCUGCAUACAAGGGUGCACUGGGCGGCACUCUGGAGCUGGUGCGUCGCAAGCCAGCCGCACAGUCCCAGAACGUGAAGGAGCUUCUGGCCGAGGUUCAAGAUGAGCUGCGAGGUUGAGUAGAUUACGCGAAGCAUGAGGGAUGACAUCUUUAAUGAGGCUACGCUAGAUCACCUUUGAUGCUUUCAUUGCAUAGCGUAGCGGACGAAAAAGCUUGACUGGCAUGUUCAUACGACGGAUAGACCUUUAUAGACGUUGAAUAAUGCAAAGAUCAU